CAGCCGCAGCCUUGCAUGCAUCAAAGCUUCGUCGCGCGAGAAAUACUGCCUAGACGUACUAACUGGUGGACGGGAAUAGGCGACAGCAUUCACCGUCGGUGAAGAAUCAAGCCGCCCGGUGUGUUCCCAGAAUAUCCAAUGGCGUUAUAGACAAGUUAAAUAGGGCUCGUUGCGCAACUUCAUUGUUCAUAUCUAGGAUCAGACCUUUAUUCACACCGACCCUGCUAUAGUUCCCUUUCCCAUAUCAGCACCAAUAUCUACACCCAUUGCCUCAGUAAGAAGUCCGCCAGUCAUGGUCUCCUUCGACCCAGCCAAAGACAUUCCCUCCCUCUCCGGCAAGGUAAUUCUCGUCACCGGCGGCAACAUCGGCCUGGGCAAGCAAUGUAUUCUCGAGUACGCUCGCCACAACCCAUCGCGCAUCUAUCUGGCCGCACGCAGCCCCUCUAAAGCCCAAGCCGCCAUCGAUGAAGUCAAGCAACAGCUAGGAACCUCAAAUUCCACCCCCAUCAGCAUCCUGGAGCUCGACCUCUCAUCUCUCAGCUCGGUCAAACUCGCUGCCGCAAAGCUGCUCGGGCAAGAGUCCCGUCUCGACAUCCUGAUGCUCAACGCAGGCAUCAUGGCCGCAGCGCCGGGCCUCACCAAAGACGGAUACGAGAUGCAGUUCGGUGUCAAUUACCUCGGGCACGCCCUGCUGUUCAAGCUACUGCUUCCUCUGCUGGAGAAAACGAGCAAUUUGCCAGGCGCAGACGUGCGAGCCAUCAUGGUCACGUCCGUGGGCCAUCAAUUGGCACCCAAGGAGGGAAUCCCCUUCGACCAGCUGCAAACAGACUGCGAGAACCUCGGUGCCUUUGAGCGCUACGGUGCCAGCAAACUUGCCCAGAUCCUCUGGGCAAGGCACGCCGCUACGCUGUAUCCUAAUAUCACGUUUGCCGCGGCACAUCCUGGGCUCGUGGGAGGGACGGGGCUGGGGUCGAGCGCGACGGGAACUUCGGCCUUCGCGAACAUGCUCAUGGCGUUAUCGCCUCUUGCAGCCACUUCGCUUGAGAAAGGGGCGAGGAAUCAGCUCUGGACAUCGGUGGGGAAGGACGUGAAGAGCGGCGAAUGGUACGCGCCAGAGACGUGUAUAGGUGUGAUGCAGGUUGGAGUGGGUUCCCAGAGCGGCGCAAGCGCUCUUGCUAAGGACAACUCGCUGGCAGAGAGGCUGUGGAAAUGGACGGAAACAAACUUGCACUCAUAUUCGAUUUGAUUGUGGUAAUGAGCGCUCUGCCCGGGAUGCGGUACCGAAUGUAAUAUACUCUGGAGUAAGUAGAAAUCAGGUCCACUACGAAAUCAAGUU